CACUGCGCGGACUUCCGGUUUUGGCCGGAAGUUGUGGUUACUAAGGCGACGCAACGCCGCCGGGCCAGCUUCAUAGAGUUUCAUAGAGGUUCCCAGUGCCACCUUCUGUGAUGUCAUUCCUCAGAGGAGGUCAGAUUCAGAAGAUAAGGCUGCCCAUUGGUACACGAAAGGGACCAUUGGAGGUGCCACUCCCAACAGAGAAGGACUGGCCUAAGGAUGACGAAGAGGACCAUGUCCUUGUGGAUCCAGAUGAGGAGGUGGAUUCCCUGCCUCAGCCUUACCGAAUGAUUAACAAGCUGGUGGACCUUCUGUUUGACCAGGCCUGGGUAAUCAUUGAAGAGAGGAACGUGCUGAGGGAAGCUGAGAGCAGCCAGAUCCAGCUCACCGUCUACCCUCCACUUGGGGAAAUCCAGCUCAACAAAAUGCCAACCUGUAUGGCUGUUUCCCAAGACUAUGUGUUUAUUGGAGGAGCCAAAGGGUUCUCAAUUUACAAUCUGUACAAUGCUAAACGAAUAUACGCGUGGGAGAAGCUUAAAGUUGAUGUCACUUCCAUCUGGGCCACAGAUUUGGGGAAUGAAAUACUUAUUGCUCCCCUGGAUGAAACGGGUAUCAUUAGACUCUUUUAUUUUUAUAAGGAUGGUCUUUACCUAGUCAAAGUCAUCAAUGAAGGGGAUGAUACCAGCAAGCAAACUACCUGUAUAAAGAUGGAGAUCUCUCAAGGAGGGGACUUUGUAGCCUUCCUCCUACAAGGAGCCGGAGACGUUUGGCUGGAUGUGUAUAAAUUGCCCAAGGAGACUUGGCUCAAGGAAGUAGAGCACCCCCAACUCACUUCAAAUCCAAAGAAAAAAGUCAGACAGCUGCAACUGAAUACCCUUGGUCCCACUUCUGCAGAUCAUUUAGAGAUGGAUAUAAAUGUUUGUUUUAAAGGAGACAUUAAAUUGACUCUUCCGGUUUACACAAUGAAAAUCAAACCACCUAAACCUGUUACAGGCACCACAUUCAAAAGCCCCCUGGAAGUCUUUGCAAAGAUAGAGGACUGCUAUGGCCUGGGCUCCGGGCAGAAUCACUUCAUCAAGGACAGUCAGUGGGAGCGGCAGGCUGAGAUCUUCAACGCUUCCUACAGGAAGUGCCUAGAUGGGGAGUGGGAGGAGGAGCCACUCAGUACGGCCACCUUCUAUUUCCUUCUUCCUAGCUGCCUGUUUGCAAUGCCCACGGAAGUCAAGGGCCCCUCAGGAAUGGCCUGUGUCCUUGGUGUACACUGGAGCAGAAGUCACAAUUUCUUCCUGUAUUCACUAAACCGAACUCUAAAGGAUAAAGCUGACCCCGAGGGCGUGUGGCCCUGUGCUGCACCCAUUGUAGCCUCUCAGCUCAGCUGCUCUUCCUCCUACCUGGUGCUGGCCUGCGAGGAUGGCGUGCUCACGCUGUGGGACCUGGCCAAGGGAUUCCCUCUUGGGGUCGCUGCUCUUCCUCAGGGAUGUUUCUGUCAAAGCAUUCACUUCCUAAGGUAUUUCUUAGUCCACAAAGGACAGAAUAUGUACCCUGAAGAUCCAGUGAAAUCCCAAAUGAAAUGUGUGGUGCUGUGCACAGACGCCUCCCUCCAUCUGGUGGAGGCCAGCAGGACCCAAGGACCCACCGUCAGUGUGCUUGUUGAGAGGCCUGUGAAGCACCUGGAAAAAACCAUCUGUGCAGUGGCCCCAGUCCCAGCCUUACCUGGCAUGGUGCUCAUCUUUUCCAAGAAUGGCUCCGUGUGCCUUAUGGAUGUAGCUAAGCCUGAAACCAUCUGUGCCUUUGCCCCCCCAGGAGGCUUUCCUCCGGAGGCCCCCUGGGAGCCAGUGUUCGUCGUGUCUCGACACCAUCCAUGUUUCCUGCUCCGAGGAGACUAUUCACAAGACACUGAGUCCACCGACGAUGCUGAGAUCCAGUAUUCUGUUUUCUAUUUUAAUUUUGAGGCCUGCCCAUUCCUGGAAAAUAUCUCAAAAAAUUGCACCAUUCCUCAAAGGGACUUGGAUGACAUGGCCUUCCCCCAGGCACUGCCGUUGGAGAAAAGAUGUGAGCGUUUCCUCCAGAACAGCUAUCGGAAACUGGAGAAGAACCCGGAGAAAGAGCAGGAGCACUGGACCCGGCUCCGGAGGUACUCCUGCUUGCUCCAGAGAGAGAACUUCAAGAAGGAAGCUGCCACCACCCUGGGCUCUGAAAAGGUUUCAGUCACUGGGCAGCCGCUCCCAGGACACUGAGGCCAAGAGGAAUGAGACAGAGCCACAGCUGCACAGGCCUGCACUCGGAGCCUGGGGCCUCCGCAGGGCCGGCAAGGGGAA